ACUGAGAAUAAAGAACCAACCUCUGUCAGUUCACGUUCUGUGCAAGAUAUUUUGCCCUAUAAAUUGAUGCCACCUGCCAUUUGCCGCUUCAUUUGAAAUCACGUCACCAAGCUGAAGUUCUCUCCUCCUCUUGAAAGGCUUCCUCGGCAAUCUUCCGAAACUAAAGAAGACGAUGAGGUCCGACACGACUCCGUCGACUGGGCCUGUAAAUUCCAGCGAAGGGUCGAAGCGAAGCCGCGACAAUUCUUCCGGUUCGACGAACCCUUGGAGCCACGGCGACAGCAGUGGCCGAGGGAGCGACAGAAGGACGACGAGGACGACGAAGAAGGAGAAGAAGAGCAGUAAGCAGAAAACGCUAGGCAUGGCCUGGGGCGCCAAUUCUCUCUCCUCCUCGCGAUCCUCCUUCCGCAGUUCUCCUUUCUCCGAUUUCGGCAGCUACAUGGUUGAGAAGAAUAGGAAACUUCAGGAACAGUUCCAUGCAGAAGCUUCGACUUCUUCUCACAGUGAUUCAAGUUCUUUGAAAGCCAUAUUUCAUGGAGUUUCUAUUUUUGUGGAUGGUUUCACUGUUCCUUCCAGUCAGGAAUUGCGAGGCUGUAUGUUGAAGUAUGGUGGAAGAUUUGAGAACUACUUCUCCAGGCAUCAUGUCACACAUAUCAUUUGCAGUAACCUUCCUGACAGUAAAAUAAAGAAUUUGAGGUCCUUUAGUGGUGGACUUCCAGUUGUGAAACCAAAGUGGAUUGUGGAUUCUGUUGCAGCUAACAAACUAUUAAGUUGGCUUCCUUACCAGCUCGACCAGCUUGCAGAUAAUCAGCCUAAGUUGUCAUUAUUCUUUGCUACUAAAGAUGGCUUGCUGUCUAAUGAUGUUUUGGCCGACACAGUUUGUCAGUUGCAUGAUAUUGGGGAUUCAUCUUCAAAAGGUCGGACUUUGAAGGACAUUAAUUCAUCUGAAGUGGGUCAAUCAACAGAAUACGGAAGUCCACUCAGUGAAGAGUUUGGCAAGGAGAAUGCAGAUGUUUCGGUGAUUACAAAAUCGAUUAAUUGCACCGGAGAAUGUCCGGGAAGUUGUAGGACCGAACCAAUUGACAUGGAUAAAGAAGAAAUGGGAAUGUUCAGGGAAGAACUUAAAGACAGUCUCAGUGAACCUAGUACUUCAGCUGGCAAUCACCCCUUAGACAAAACAAGAACGAGGAGUUUACCAACUUCUGGAGUCAUGAAACAUCCUAAUAAGGGCCAUUCAACUGGAGAGGAUCCUAAUUUUGUAGAGAAUUAUUUCAAGAGUUCGAGAUUACAUUUCAUAGGAACAUGGAGACAUAGGUAUCGCAAGCGGUUUCCUAGUUCUCUCAACCAGGUUAAGUGUGCAAGCUUUGAUCUUAAAGCUCCGGAUGAUUCUAAAAAGGCAUGCGUCAUCCAUGUUGACAUGGUAAUUUUCUCUUCUGAAGCUCCAGAAACAUGUCUCAUCCUAUUGGAGAUACGAUUUCACUUAGUUGACAUGGAUUGCUUCUUCGUUUCAGUGGUCAUCAGGAACCUUCCUGAAUUACAUGAUAAACCUGUGGCUAUAUGCCACUCAGACAAUCCAAAAGGCACUGCUGAAAUUUCAUCUGCAAACUAUCCAGCUCGAGACUAUGGAAUUAGGGCCGGGAUGUUCGUCCGAGAUGCCAAAGCACGUUGUCCUCAUCUUGUCAUUUUUCCAUACAAUUUUGAAGCUUACACAGAGGUGGCUGAUCACUUCUACAGCAUAUUGCAUAAGCACUGCGCAACAGUGCAGGCAGUGAGCUGUGACGAAGCAUUUUUAGAUGUCACAGAUUCAGAAGUGCAAGAUCCUCAGCUUCUGGCUUCUAUAAUAAGAAGAGAGGUUUUCGAGACCACUGGAUGCACUGCAAGUGCUGGUAUAGCUGGGAAUAUGCUAAUGGCUCGCCUAGCUACCAAGACUGCUAAGCCAAAUGGUCAGUGCUACAUCCCCUUAGAAAAGGUGGACGAAUAUUUGUGCAAGCUUCCUAUAAAUGCACUUCCUGGAAUAGGACAUGUUCUAGAGGAUAAACUGAAGAAGCGAAAUAUUUGGACUUGUGGACAGCUGUGUAUGGUGUCGAAGGAAUCUCUUCAGAAGGAUUUUGGUGCGAAAACAGGGGAGAUGUUGUGGAAUUACAGUAGAGGAGUAGACAACAGGAUGGUCAGCACAAUUCAGGAAAGCAAGUCAAUUGGUGCUGAAGUUAAUUGGGGUGUGAGGUUCAAGGAUGCAAAAGAUAGCAAGUUAUUUCUUGUAAACCUUUGUAAAGAAGUCCAUUUGAGGCUGCAGGGAUGUGGAGUUCAUGGCCGGAAAUUUACUCUUAAGAUCAAAAAGAGAAGGAAGGAUGCUCAGGAACCUGCAAAAUACAUGGGUUGUGGAGAUUGUGAAAACCUCAGCCACACAAUAACGGUUCCAGUUGCUACAGAUGAUAUAGAUGUUAUUCAGAGGAUAACAAUGCAGCUCUUUGGAUCAUUUCAUAUAGAUGUGAAGGAGAUUCGUGGGGUUGGCCUGCAAGUUUCCCGCCUUGAAAGUGUGGAUGCUUCUAAACAAGGACUCGAAAGAAAUCUCUUGAAGUCAUGGCUUGCCUCUACCUCCGCAAAUCGAGAUGAACAAUGUGACACCAACAGUGUGGUGAAAGAGACAAUUGACAUAGGUCCAGAGGGCCAGAAUGUGGCUGGGGUUUCAAGUAAUCUGUUUCCUCACUUAGCUCGGAAUUCCAAUCAAGUAGAUGACAGUCCAUCAGAUUGUAAAGCUUCUUUGGAUCGGUCUGUCACACGACCGGCCUUAUGUCAUCUGGAUAUUGAAGUCAUAGAGUCACUCCCACCAGAAGUCUUUUCUGAGUUAAAUGAUGCUUAUGGAGGGAAACUAGUUGCGUUUGUUUCUAAAGGCAAGGGCAAGUCUAACAGCAUAGCCGAUGGUGAAGUCAGAGGGAGUUCUCCAUCCAAGCAUUCACAGCAAGUAGUGAAAGGUGCAAGAGAUGGAGCAGAGGUGUACUUUUCUGGUACCAAUCAUGUGGACAGAUUUCAACAAGAUAAACAGACAGAGAAGCCUCUUCUUCAGGAAACAGAUCUUUUAUGUGUGUCUAAACCAAGCUACUCUAGUGGGGGGGCUUCAGUACCCAGUCUUAUGAAGACAGACUUGAUGCCGUUAUCUCUGAGUCAAGUAGACUGCUCUGUGCUGCAAGAGUUGCCUAAAGAGUUACGAGAUGGCAUCCUCCAGCAACUUCCUGCCCGCAGGGGACAAGAUGUCUCUUUGAUUGCUCACUUCAGUGGAAGUGCGGAUAUAUGUCAGGAUAACUCAAAUACUGAGAGUCCAGACAAAAGUUCAAGGUCAGUGCUGAGAGAGACUGAACUUUGGAUAGGGAAUCCUCCGUGUUGGGUUGAUAGAUUCCUAGUCAGCAAUUGCUUGAUGUUGAAUAGCUUGGCUGAGACUUAUCAAAGAUCAGGAUCACCUGGAAGAUUGUCAUCAGUUCUGCAGAGGUUUAUUUCCGAAAUUCCAUCCCAUGUGGAUAUGACCUCUAAUGAUUGGGAUGACGCUAUUAGCAGCUUGUCUGAGCUUCUGAAGCAGUACAUUAAGUUGAAGAUAGAAUGGGAUAUUGAAGAGGUCUAUAUUUGCUUUCACCAUAUUAGAAGGUUAGCAGUGAAGUCAAAAUUAUUCCUCCAAGUUCAGAAUACCAUCUUUCCUUACAUCCAAGUUGGUGGUUCUUCAUUUUGCUUUAUGAAUUCCUGUUGUACAGCUUUGACCUUGGUCAUAUCUUGGCCUAUACAUAACGAGUCCAUUUCCUGUUUCUCUGGUAUCCAAUCUUUCAGGCAUCUGUUGGUGAAAACUAUGGAGGAGAACUAAAUAUAUCUCUGGAGUAGUCCCAUUUAUCUCACAUGGGUUCUAGCCAGCUAUUGAACUCUGGAAUAUUCGCAGACUAGUCUGGAUUUUGUCGUUCACAACAGUGUGUAAGAUACUUGCCUUCAUGGUUAAAGUAUAUAAGAUUGGGGGAACUAGGAAAUAGUUUGAUCUUUUUCUUGACCAAGUCCUUUGGUGUUUUAGCAGACUUACUGAACUUCCUUUGCUUGUUUUCUUUAAACAGAGAAGACAAUGUCUCUUAGUGUUCUAAACAUGGUAUGUGGAAACAAAAUUCGACUUGAAGCAUUGUCAUUUAGAUGGUCAUUGGCAUGGGCAGGAGGGCUUACUUUCAGUGGUUUUACAAGGGAACAUGUGGAAGAACAAGGAUCGAUCAUGGGACAAGGAACUUGAAACUGACUUCAGGUAUCAUGGUGACAGCAUUGCCUUGUUUUGAUUGUUAAGACACAGUCUGGUUCCAUUUUCGUGAAGAUGAUUCUUAUAUCUGUAUGUAAUUGCAUCUUGUAAACCAUUCGAUGUUAUUAGCUGAUGGUUAGUGUGAGAUUGGUAUUGACAUUCAUGCUUAGUGGUAGUAGCAAGCAAUAUUCUCACUCUCGAUUCCUUAUAUUUCUGGGGACUUCAGCCUUAUAGGUCUACUCUACGCAUGCACUUCCUGUCAUGAUCCUGCCUCAUCCUCCUGGAUUUACAUAUUUGAGUGGAAAAGUCAAGGCAUGCAUCUUGGGUAGAGCUGAUCAAAGUAGUUGGCAGCAGCUCUCUAUGUUGCGGCUACAACCUGAUCCAUCAUCUGCGCAUCACGCGCAACUCAUUUAUCGUGGAAUUAUCAGGGGGCUAUUUAGCUCACCCAGCAUGCCAUUGCUGCCCAGUUCCAUUGUCUGGUCGGACCAAAGUGCACAAGCUAAAUAUUGAGGGGCCACAGCAUGCAAAGUGUUUGUAGCUCUAAGAACUGCUUGUAACAAAUUGAGUUCCACAUUGGUUUGUGUUUGAUAUUAUAUGAAAUUAAGUGCUACAUUGGUAUGCAAAAAAUCGUUGACCGAGCUACUAUUUGCCGUGGCAUUGGUCAACCUUAUGCAUUAAGUUCCAGAAGCACUGGCUUUGCAGCACAUCAGUCGUCUUCAUAGAUCCUUGAAGAUGAGGGAGGAUAAAUUUUACUAUUGGGUCUAGACUUUCAUCCUCCUUUUAAGAGUCAAUUAGGUUUUGGUGAAGUCAUUAGAGAUAUCAGGCGACAAGAAACAAUGAGAAAUAUGAGGACCGGUAAUGGUCCAAUUUGCAGGCUGGGUGGGGUCAAUAAGGAGGCUAUUCAAUCUGGGACCACUUGACCCCUCCCCGAUACAAGAAGCGGUUCGCGCGAAACAUCUAUGGUGGAGAUGAUCAUCAGUGACAUUUUGUACUUGGAACAUACAUGAAACCCUUAGUUUGCUACAUCAUCCGCUUAAAAUUUUGUUGUUGGAACGGAUGUUGAUCCAAUCCUAGCUGCUACACCAUCGGCUGGACGUUUUGUUGUUGGGAC